UCCCUCCUCCGGGUUCCUCCCCUCUCGUCUCCUCGUCAGGCAGAUCGAUCGAGCCAGCCGCCCUGCUAAGCCUACAUACAGACUACAGAGACAGAGGGAAAGAGACAGAGCAGCCCAGCCCAGGCAAGGCAAGUAGUAAAAGGCAAGAGCACGGCACAUUAAAAGAGAGGCCGGAGAGGCAGCUAGCAGAGGAGAGAGAGCGCGAGCAGCAUAUAUGGCGAUGCCCUUUGCCUCCCUGUCGCCGGCAACCGACCACCGCCCCUCCCCCUCCAUCUUCCCCUUCUGCCGCUCCUCCCCUCUCUACCCGGUCGCCGGGGAGGAGGCGCCGCCGCCGCCGCCGCCGUCAGGGCAGCAGCAGCAGCAGCACACGAUGAGCGCGAGGUGGGCGCCGAGGCCGGCGACGUUCACGGCGGCGCAGUACGAGGAGCUGGAGCAGCAGGCGCUCAUAUACAAGUACCUCGUCGCCGGCGUGCCCGUCCCGCCGGAUCUCCUCCUCCCCAUCCGCCGGGGCUUCGACUCCCUCGCCUCGCGCUUCUACCUGCACCACGCCGCCCUCGGGUACGGGUCGUCCUACUUCGGCAAGAAGCUGGAUCCCGAGCCAGGGCGGUGCCGGCGUACGGACGGCAAGAAGUGGCGGUGCUCCAAGGAGGCCGCCCAGGACUCCAAGUACUGCGAGCGCCACAUGCACCGCGGCCGCAACCGUUCAAGAAAGCCUGUGGAAACGCAGCUCGUCGCACCCCUAUCGCAGUCGCAGCAGCAGCAGCAGACCCCCAGCGCCGCCGCGCCCGCCAGAGCAACCGCCUUCCAGAGCCACUCGCUGUAUCCAGCGAUUGCCAAUGGCGGCGGCGGCGCGCCUGGCUCUUUCACCUUGGGGUCUACUCAGCUGCACAUGGACAAUGCUGCGCCUUACGCGACCGCUGGUGGUGGCGGAAACAAAGAUUUCAGGUAUUCCACUUAUGGAGUGAGGUCUUUGGCGAUGGACGAGCAGAGCCAGUUCAUGACUGGAGCCAUGGAUACCUCUAUGGAUAACUACUCAUGGCGCCUACUGCCGUCCCAGACAUCUGCAUUUUCACUUUCGAGCUACCCUCUGAUUGGAACACUGAGUGGUCUAGACCAGAAUACAAUCUGCUCGCUGCCAAAGGCGGAAAGGGAGCCGUUUUCUUUCUUUGGAGGCGACUUCGUGACGACUGUCGAUGAGAACGUGAAGCAGGAGAACCAGACGCUGCGCCCCUUCUUCGACGAAUGGCCGAAGGCGAGGGACUCAUGGCCGGAGCUGCCCGAUGACACCAACACCACCUCCUUCCCGGCGACCAAGCUGUCGAUCUCCAUUCCCAUGACAACCUCCGACUUCUCCACCACCAGCUCCCGGUCACCCAAUGGCAUAUACUCCCGGUAAACUGCCGAUCUGGCAGAAGUUUUCUGGUCCUCAAAUCAACACAGGUGAGUGAACACCAUGUGGAUCGGCCCAACUGUCUAUGUGAGCUUACUGUCGGUUGCUCAUUUUGUAUGGAGUAAUCCUGGAUGUUGCCUCAUCAUGGUCGUGCAGCACGAUGAAAUGCUCCAUUAAUUCCUUUUUUUCCCUGUACUUUUCGAACACUAUCCUUGUGUGUUUUGCCAUGUAUCGUAACUGUAUGAAGUUUUCAUGUCAUCGCUAACUUUUUUCAAAGGCACUUGCUGUU